UUCUAGGGCUCCCUGUAUCGCGUUGUUGCGUUUCGGCGUCCCUAUCGUCCCCUCGAUCGAUUGAUCGUUCCACAGCGCUGCCGUCGCGCAUCGGCACUGGGCACUGCUGCGCGGAAUGGAUGGAUUGAUUGCUCCUCGGCCGCGAUUGAGAAAGAAUAAGACGAUUCGUCGUGGAGAGCUUCGGUAGGGAUUGCUACUCUUCUUCCGCGUCCUGGCCUCGCUAGGGCAUUGGCGCCAUGCGUUUCUUCGUCCCGCGGGUAAAUCGAGCAAUGGAUUGUGAUAUUCCGGGAUAGAUGCUAGGACGAGUUCCGGGAUAGCGUGCUCGAGCCGUUGUCAUGGGCAACAAAUUCGCGAGAAGGCGCGCCCAGAUUGACGAUCGCUACACGAGGCCCCAGGGCUUGUAUCAGCACAAGGACGUCGAUCACAAGAAACUGAGAAGGCUUAUCAUCGAUGCCAAGCUUGCUCCUUGCUACCCGGGAGCCGAGGAUGCCGCCAUCGAUCUUGACGAGUGUCCCAUUUGUUUUUUGCAUUAUCCAAGCCUGAAUCGAUCGAAGUGUUGUACUAAAGGCAUUUGCACAGAGUGUUUCUUGCAAGUGAAAUCUCCGAAUUCUACCAGGCCUACACAGUGUCCGUUUUGCAAAACGCCCAACUACGCGGUGGAGUAUCUUGGCGCGAAGACCCUCGAGGAAAAGGGUGUCGAGCAAGCGGAAGAGCAAAAGGUUAUAGAGGCAAAGAUCAGAAUCAGGCGACAACAAGAAAUUCAGGACGAGGAAGCGCGCUUGCAGAGGCAAGAACAAGCUCCCCGAGAAGGCUCGCCGAUAGUUGCAGUUGCAGCAGGGGAAGCCGAGCAGGAAACAACAACAACUCCAGAGGAAAGGUCCCAGGAGCCAGCUUUACCGCUGGAAAGGAGCUGGGAUCCAUGGACAAAUGCCGACGGCAACACGGCCAUCGGCUACCCUCAAACCGACAUUUUUACUUAUCCAUCAAGGUCUGAUUCAGAAUCUCCGUGGCAACAAGGAGGCCAAAGAGAUUCAAAUAGACAUAAUACGUUUUCUUCGACAUCCGCCAGGAACUCCUCGUCAUUCAACGCCAGAAGAAGAGGUGCUGCUUGGAGCAAUAGUUCGUCCGGUGAUGGCCCAGGAUAUGCUCCAUAUAACAGAGACGAAGAUUUUGACUUGGAUCUCGAGGAUAUAAUGGUCAUGGAGGCCAUCUGGCUUUCUAUCCAGGAACAAGGAAACCAACGUCCAAUAGACAGCAUCUCCGAGCAUCCAUUCCCAUCGGCAUUGAAUGGCUUGCAGUAUGAGAUCCAAGACUCGCCACUGACGAACCUGGAGCCGUCGGAGAUUCGAGGGAGGAGGGGGUCCGUCACUGGAGGCUUUGCCUCCGCUAUCGCCGCACUGGCCGAGAGACAGGUGACUGGAAACACCGGAGGGAUGGAACCGGCCGGGGAGAGUGACGCCGAGUCCAACGACAGUGGCGCCGUCUCAAACGCUCACGGCUCCAGCGAGACGCAGUCCCUGGAAGAACAUAUACGAAUAGUUUCUGGGACGGACGAGAGCUUGACCGAGGAGAAAACAGAGAAGUCGAGCGUGGAGGAAUCGGGUGUAGAGGCAGCGGCAAUGGCCUUGACAACGCUAAGAGCAACAGGUUCCAACACCAACACCAGCAUGACCAGCACCAACACCAGCAACAAUAACGAGAACUUAACAAGAUGGAUUCGUCGAGGGAUGAGCGUGGAAGCGUCGCCUGAUGCGUUGCUUGACCAGGGGUCCGAGGUUGUCGAGGCUGGGACAAGCUUUUGUAGCAGCGUGCCAUCGCUACUGCCGUGGGAAGCUCCGGAGGAGGAUGAUCCAGGGAAUGGUGGUGGAGCUGCCAGUGCUGCUGCUACUGGGACGAAUGGAAGUAAUCCCGGUGGAGCGGCAGCUCUGCUACAACCGGGAGCAGUGGCGGCGAACGAUUCGGCAGCGUCAACUGCGAGUGUAGUGCCCGAGAGCUUUGAAGAACAGAUGAUGCUGGCUAUGGCGCUUUCACUGGCGGAAGCUCAAGCUCUCCAGGCCAAGCACGGUGGCUCCAAAGCAACGUAGUAGGCGCGUUUGCUUGUUCUCUCUCUUGUACAGGGAUUUAAGGAAAAGCCACUCGACGAGACGCAGUGGUAUAUUCGUUUC